AUGCAUGCCCAGUGGAGUGUCAAAAAAGACGUACGCCAGCGCAUAUAUGAAAUAUGUACUGGUCAUCUCCAGUGGGUAUCACGUUUGGACACCAGAGCAGCCUCCUCUUCCAAUAUUUGGAUUGAUGGUAGAGAUGCCGAUCUUUCAGAUGAAGGUGGCCUAAUUGAUCUACCACAUGACAGUCCAAUCAGUAUGCCGAGCCACAUAAUAAAAGCGACAGAAUAUCUGAAAGUGUUUCCAGAUACCUCCGAUCUCGCUUUCGUUUGUCGAUGGUUGUAUGGUUUUGCUCUGAAGUGGUUCGAUCAGUUGAUUGAAACCAAGAAUCACAUCACGCCAACCUGGCAACACUCGCGCGGAUCAGACAUUCCCAAAUACCGCCUCAGUGAUCAGAUCUGGAUCUGGAAGGCAUUGAAGAGUCUCGAGGAUCUUGUCAUUCGAGUUGAGCAGGUACAGAAGACUACAUCCAAUGAGAUGCUAGAGAAGUUCUUACAAAUCAAAGAGAACCUCUACAGCCGUGGACCCGGGGCAUCAAAGCCGUCAACAAAGCUGGAAUUUAAUUCGGAUGGGCUGCGCAAUGAAAAUAUUCGUCGUUUUACUUUAUACAAUGAUGUCGCGAGAAGUCACAUGCUUAGCGUGACGCGCAGUGCGCGGGAAACUCGCUUCUUGCUCCACGAUAAGGACACCGUUCUUUAUUAUGGACUAGAAUGGGGAUUCUUCGACAAAUCCGAAAAGUAUUGGACAAGACUGGUACAUAAUCAAACAGAGCACGACAAAGACUGCAACGAUGAAGCCCAGUGGAAUAGCCCCCUCCGCUAUGGACUGGCAAUUGAAAUGGCCAAGCACAACCACCAAUUUGAUUCUGAUUUUCCCGCCUCAGAAAUGGCUGUCCACUCAAAGCAGAUUGUUGUGAACUCAUCAUCUGAGACUGGUCUCUUUCCUGGUAAUCUGAAUAACGAAAAAGAGCCAGCCAUUUUUGAGCAUGAGGCAUAUAGAGACUUCUACUUCCACUCUGGGUUUGAGAUUCCCUAUAUCUUAGUAAGAUGCGAAAAAAAGGGAAUGAAUUUGAGAAUAAUGUCUGUUGAGAAUGCGAUUGGUGACUCUGAAGAAAGACCGCCAGCUCCAAGUCCUGUUCCCAUCCGUCCGCUAGCCAGAUCUCCAACAAUGGCCCGGGAACCGCGAUCAUCAAGUAGGCCCAGAGAUAUAUCACCCUUUCAAGGUGCAAUAAUUGAUGGCCAAUUACGCGAUGAUCCGGAUUUCCCAACAAAGUUCCUGGCCUUUGGAACCAGCAGGACGCUGAAGCGGCAAAAUCCAUACGGUAGACUCAUCGAUUUGAGUAACAUCGUGGAAAUCCCGGAAGAAUGGCUUUACAAGUACCCUGAAUUCUUGGAUUAUGUCCCGCCGACCAAUGAAAAGGAGAUACUGCGAAUCAAGACAGAAUCUUCUCCUUCUAUUCGAGAUGAGAAGCUUUUUGGGCUCCUCAUCGCAAGAAGACCAGUUGUUGGCGAAUGCUACGUCAGGGUAGAUGACAUUCGCAAGGGCCAAAAACACCAAAAAUGGUCAAAUGAGAAGAAAAUCACGACCGUUAUACACAAAGAGUAUCGUGGGCUCUGGAAUCAAUUACAAAAAGGUCGCUCUGCCGAGAAAACCAAAAAGCGAUUAAUCUAUUUGCGAUCAAUCGAUUAUACUGUUGCGGCCAUAUGCUAUGUAUCCUCAACAGAGCGUGAAAGAAGCGACAUUGCACAAUUCUUUGAUCGACAUGCUAAGGUCGAUACAAGCUAUCUAUACGAUGACACUGCCGUUGUUUUCAACAGCUGGAUCACAGAGGUUCACUUCCGAUUUCACAAAUUGAAAGACACCAAGAUGGCACCGCAACCAGACUCAAGAGUUCGACGUCUCCGAUCCCAGGGAUGCAAAUAUCUUCAGCAUGAUGCACAUAUAGUUGAUGAGGUGAUUGGUUUUAGAAUCGUUGGCGAUUUCUUUGACCGAUACUGGACAUGUCAUGUUGUCCACACUUGUUCCAAGACAGAAAGCUCCAUUUUGGAUGAAAGCCACCAGAAAGAAAAACAUUGGCAGCAGCGUAAGGUUCUAGAGCUGAUCUUAUUUAACAGUAUUCUGGCCAAUGUAUGGAACAGCAUAGAUGUUAUCCUUGGGAAGCUUGAACUACAAUCCGGGAUCUUCUCCAGCGAUAGCUUUGAAGACCGCAGACCUGAUGAGCUUCUCAAGUGUUUCCAACUAUUGGUCAUCUUGAAAAAUAACAUCAUCGGUCUACAAGCACUAAUUGAGCAAUGGGACCGUCGAGAAAGUGUACGAGGACGAGGACGUCCACGGUGGACGCGCAGCGACGAAGAAAAAUACCGCAAAUCCAUCGAUAAGCAACUUGCAGAUUUUGAGGGCCAUAUAAGGGACAUCAAGGCAAUGACAGCCCGCAUUGAGUUCCUAAUUACCCUUGUAACAAAUGCACAAGAGACCAUUCGGUCCAAAAAGUCCUUAACGGAGGCCGAGAAUAUCACUCUAUUUACCUACGUCACGGCGUUCUUCUUGCCUACCGGACUUGCAGCCAGUGUUUUCAGCAUGAAUGGAGUUCCAAGUAGUACUGUUAUUGCUUCUAUGGUCAUCACGGCAGCUGUGGCGCUGUUGAUUACGGCAGGCAUUUUGUGGUGUCUACUCAGUCAAUACGUUAGAUCGCGGGCCCGGGACUUCCUGGGCCUUUUUCAAAGCGGCGAUAAACUGAUAAACUCCAGAGAGUGA